AUGAGCCAUCAUCUAUAUGACGGUGAAGAUCACACGUCGAAGUAUCGCCUUCAUAGACCUAGUUAUCCAAAGGAACUAUUCGAACAUAUCACUGAUUACUACUUUCAUGGUAAAAGGAAAAAUGAAAAAAUUCCACUUUCACUCGAUAUUGGAUGUGGAAGUGGUCAAGCAACAGUAGAUCUUAGUCCAUUUUGUGAACGAAUCAUCGGUAUAGAUGUUAGUACGGAUCAAUUGGCUCAUGCAAUAUCAAAAGAUAAUGUCGAAUAUCGAUGUAAUACUGGUGAAGAUUUAUCAUUUCUCCAAUCAAAUUCAAUUGAUUUAAUUACAGCUGCAACAGCAUUACAUUGGCUUGAUGUAGAAACAUUUCUUGAAGAAGCAAAACGCGUACUUAAACCACAUACAGGUGUAUUAGCUAUAUGGACUUAUACAUUUGGCACAUUGGAUAAUCCAAUCGCUGAUUCUAUUUAUCAUGAGUUUCAUCAUGGUUUGUUAUUUCCAUAUUGGAAUGCAAAACAACGAUUGAUUGAUGAUUAUUAUGAAUCACUUGUACCAAUUUUCCCAUAUAAAUCAACAUUAUGUCAAUAUACAAUCGAAUGUCAAAUUGAAACAACAAUUGAACAUUUUCUUGGUUUUAUCGAAGCGACAUCAGCUUGCCAAACAUUUAGAAAACAAAAUGGUGAACAAGCAUAUCAAGAUAUGCUACUUACAUUACGUCAUAAAUUAAUUCAAUGCUAUAGUAAAACAGAACUUAGAAAUGACAAUCAUGCAACUAUAAAUUUUGAUUUGAUUAAAUUGACUCUUUCGAGACCAAUUCGUCUUUAUUUAAUGCAAAAAAAUGAAAUUUAA